AGUCGAUGUUGGACUUUUGUGAAGAGCGAACGUUUCGCUAACAUUUUGCCGAUCGAGCUAGCCGAGGCAACCGGGCGAAGAAAGUAAAUAGACGCAGAAUCGUUGAUCGGUCCCUUUCACGUGUUUCCGAGAGGAGCAGCCUUGUAACGUAUCGCUGCCUUUGGAAAGCCGCGACUGCUGUUAAGCUGGUUAACGCUUCCUAAAGUGGAUCAAUGGUUUUCGGUGCAUGGAUUGAACAAGUUUGCAAAAAAAGCAGUGAUGUUCGUUAGCAUAGAGUGUUUUGAGUAAGCACAAAAAGCAUUUUCAUAAGCGGAAGCCAGCGAAAGUAAAAAUGAACAAAGGUGUUUUAUUUGACAAUAUUUAAUUGGCUGCACAUUGGGAUGCAAAUCAGUGAAAUCGAAAUAUAUACGCCAGAUGAAGAGAAGCUAAUGGCUUAGGUAGAGAAAGGUACAAUUGACCUUGCGUAAUAAUCAGUUUUAGAUUUUGGAUUCUGUUAUACAAAUUACUGGAAAACGACGAUUGCUAUAGAAGUGACCCAAUCCCGAUGUGGUAUGUAAUCCACCUGAAGAAGAUUCAAAAAUGAAAUAGAAGGUGCGGCUUUGUGAGUGCGGAUUUGUAAUGUGAUUGGCCAGAUCAAUCGAGCGGAUGGUCAUCGAUAAACGGAAUAGAGUGAUCACAGAUCUAGCCGUGCCAAGCGAACGGCAAAGAAUGGAAGCCCGUUGUCCCACUUUGAUCUGUCGUCUGUUCGGGUGAUGAAUUGUACGCGAAACUAGUUCACAACUAUUUCAAUACGCUGAAUUGAGGAAGCGCGGUGUACAUCUAGAUAAUCAAUAUUGGUUGUCGAUUAGCAUAUGGGAGCAGGAAACAAGUGUGCAAAAAGUGCUCGGUAGCAUUUGGCGGUAAUGCAUGCAAACAUAUUUGAUGCGACGGAACCUUAUGCCUGCAUUAUCCAGUUAACGGUGUUGAUUGUAUGUUAUAAUUUGUGCAAACACCAUUAGCUUGUGUAGGCUUCCUAGGCCGUGGCUGGUCAUGUAAUCGGUUUACAUCGAACGGAAUUUCUGGUACAAUUGCUAGAGAACUUGUGAAGUUGGACUGUUACGCUGGUGGUGUACUCCAUUUAUGCAUCUCGCAGCAUUGGGCGAAUGAGGCAGAAACAGUAAUCGACUUGCAGUGGAAAAUGCGAUAGCAUCAGAGCGUGUAAGCAUAUCUCGGAGCACUACUGCUAGUCGGAAGCCGAAAAAAACUCUCCUGGCUUAGAGCAUAGGUGCGCUGGCGUUGAUCCAUGUUAUUCGAGACUUGAAUAGCUGAUAUUGCUGAGAGGCGUGUGCCAAUGAAGAAAGAAGCAAAAGCCAAAUUAGAGUGAAAUUGCUCCGAGCAAAACAAACGUUGAAAAACUUCCCGCAUUCAAUUGGAAAUAAUGUGAUCAUUCUGUACCUGACAGGAGGCCUCGUAAAUGCUGGCGGAAGACCCCAGAAUAAUUUGUAGAUCAUAAAUUUGAAGUGAUUCAAUAGUGAACAAGACAAUAAAAGACGUAAUUGGUUACGAGAACUGCAAAAAAGCAAGUGAUGAACCAAACAAGAGCUGUGAGAGAUAUUUUUGAGAAAUGCUUCAUGCUGUAUCAAACUAGAAAGUCCAUGUUCUGCGCAACGUGAGCCUUUGGAAUAGAAUAAAUUAAUUGGAAAUUCUGUUGGCUGGGCAAACGGUUGGUGAUCAAUUCAAGAUGGGAAAUGCGAUAAGCAGUGCAAAUGAAUCGACGCUGCCUCGUAGGCAAGCACAGUACUAUAAUGAUUGUAACGGAAAACGGUGCUGUUACGAGAAUGGGGCAACCAAUACGGGCUCUAGGAGCAGCCGUCAAAACCAACAACAGCAACAACAACAGAAUCCUGAAAACUCACGAAUGCUUUUUCUAUUGUACUUAAUCCAUCGCACCUGGAACGUCGUGGUUGACAGUGUUGAUCAAAAAGGCAAAAAAUCACGUGCCACCACAUCGGAAGACUCCGGAGCGCCCCGCAGCAACUACGAUGAAGCUUUCGAUACCGACCUCAACUUUACCGACCUGGACGAUGAUUCGAGCUUGUACGGUUCACAGUAUUCGUUUUGCAACUGCAGCUACUGCGAGGAGGAAGCCGACCGAAACCACUUCGACAACGCCAGGGGCAAUCGGUUUUCGUUUUGUGAUAGUGACAUAUCGUACUGCUCUUACCAGAUGGCACCGAGCGCCGGGAAAAGUCCUCCCGGAGGCACACAGAUAGGCCCACCGGACUUGAAUGAGAUGACAUUAGGCUGGAAUUCUAACAUCAAGCAAGAGAACCAACGCCCACCAGUGUUCAAUCCGGAGGAUUAUGUCAUAUCGUUGAAAAAGUAUGGCCGCCGUGGUACCAAUGGAAACUUUAAAUCAAUUUACGAUACAUCACCUGGUGAAGAAGCUAAGCAUGAUAAGCAACAACAACUUCCCGACAACCGAUCUCACACUCUGCCACACAAAAAUUCGGAAUACAGAUCACCCAUACCAGCUCCACCGGAAAUGGACAGUGAAAUGACACUGCGUCAAUUUGGUUCCGUAACAGACCUUCUCACUAAAUUGCGGGCAGAUUUGCGUGCCUCCUUCCCCAGCUUUGUCCAAGAAUUUGUCUCCAGCCCGUUAGAUGGGGUCAGCUUGCUUUUGGAAGUUCUUCGAGCUGUUCAACUGAGCCAAAGUAUGCCGAUGAAUGGUACCACGACCAUGCCUGCACCCGGAUCAAUGCCAAGAACCAAUCAAUCCUAUCAACGUCGAGCCCUCUUGGACGAACUUGCAUGCUUACAAUGCUUGAGUAUUUGCUGUACCAGAAGUCCCGAAGCUGGGGCUAGACUGGGGACCACCCCAAUAGGAUUGCUGCCCCUAGCCGCUGCUGCAACUGGUACCGGUAUUCGUUCACGUAUUGUAGCUUUGCAACUUUUGACCAUUGCUUGCGAUAAAUCAGCCCUUGGUGAUGGGACACAACGUAGUCAACAACAAGGACAUACCGCUGUUUCGGAAGCUCUGUCUACACUGCGUCUCCGUUGUGCUGAACCUGUUCGAUUUAGGUUAUUGGUAGGAAUGCUGAACAGCGGCGGAGGAUCUGGAGAGCUGCAAGCAGUGGGCAUGAAAUUUGUUAACACUUUUCUGGAAAGCGCUGAAAGUGUACAGGUUCGUCUGUAUCUGCAAGCAGAACUUCACCAGGCAGGGUUGGACCCAGCUCAGAUGUGUAAAGUCAUUUCAUCUACUUCCCCUUGGUUAGAACGACUCAGGGUUGAGGUUAAACGUUGGGACGCUAUUCGCAUAGAUAUUGAACAGCUACAGUGUCAAGCUCGCUCGGCAGAACAAGUUCGCAGCCGAUUGGUAAUUCUCGAGCGUAGAGUACAAAUACUGCAUGAAGAGAAGACUGUGCUAACUACAAUGGAAAGACGUCUACAGGAACGUUGUGCCGAACUACAAAGAGAAGUGCUUCGACUGAAAGGCACUCAGAGCCAAGAAGCAUCCAAUAGUUCAAGUUUGGAAAAACGACCAGUGGCACUUCCUCGACAAGUGCCACCACAAGCCAAGAGAAAUACCUCAGAAAAUGAUGACGAAGGUAUCAGUAGCUCAGAAACUGGUCAAUCAUCUACUCCUGAACCUCCCCGAGUAUUUCCAACCAAGGACGGCUCAAGCACAAACUCGCACAAAUUCAGUAUCUCUCUAAACCAAGAAAACGAAGAUCAUUCGCAUGAAGUUGGCACUAAUGAUGACGAUACAAAUGCUACUAUUGAAGAUGUAAUUGAAGAACUGCAAAAUAUUGUCAACGAUGCAGAACGCGAAAUAUCGGAUCAGAAUGAAGUCUUGUUCCAUCAAAUGGAUGAUAUGCCAGAAAAGACUCUGUAUAGUUUAGAAAUAAAUACAGAGCAUGAAAUUGUACCUGUUAACCUACUACCUCACCCACCCCGGAAAUCCCGUUCUUUAGCACAUCUCAUUUCCACACCUUCGGACGGAGAAUCGGGCUAUGAUCUCCUUUUGGUGAAUAACGACAACAAAAUGAACUUUUUUGAAGUAGAAGACCCGGGAAAAUCUCAAAAGAAACCCUACGUUGAUGAAACAUUUUAUCCUGCCGAAGUCAAUGAUUCUACCCGACCUGAUGUAAUCCAUACGGCAACUGAGUCUCAAGCUUUACACAGAAGUCGUGCAUCGACCAAAGAUUCGAAUCGAGCCAUACUGAACGUAAUCAUGGAUGCACGUGACAAAGAAUCCCGUAUGAUGCGGGCGCAAUCCCUGGAGCGCGAGAUCCCCCAACAAAGCCCUCCAGCACAACAAUUUAAUGGAGUAUUCUUCAUGACUGAUAUGAACAGUGCUGGGAAAUACCCAAAACCAGACAUAACCGCUGCAUUGGAAGCUAAAAAGGUCACCAAAAAUCUCGAUCGAAUGGGUGCGUAUGGCGUAGAUUCCAUGAUUGACAUCGUUAUGUCCAGUGAACAAAGGGCAAAAUCCAAUGCAUUCCAAAAGGCUCGAACUAUUAAUCAACAUUCCAUUGCUACUAGCGGAGCAAAUGGAGCUAACGUAGGAGCUAAAAUAAGCACUGGGAAUAAUAAUUUCAAGCUACGCUCUACAAAUGGCCCCCAGAUGCUAUAUCCUGGAAAUGGACCACUGUUGAGGGAAAACAGUCGCAGCCAGACAAAUUUGGGAUCGAAAGUAACUGAUCUGCCCUCUGGUUUAUAUUGAGUAACUAAAAUCGAAAUUGAUUCAAACUGGCAGUUUUAAAGAUAAUUUCUGUGCAAUAUUUAUUCUUUUACUGUUUAGAGUUUUAGCUGUAUUUUAACUCGUUCUUGCAGUUGAAUGGAGAAUUCAAUCCUUACGUAUACAUUUUUGCUGUAUAAAAAACUUGUUUUGUAUAAAGUUCCUCAGUUUCUCUGUCCCGCUAGAUUUUUAAAAACAUGGUGAUGGAACUGUGCUGACUAUUAUUAGACUUUGAGGGAUGCUAAUUGUCAAGAGAGCCGUAUUGAAUGUUAUUGAUAAUUCUAAAAAUUAGCAAAAAUAGUUUUAGAAGCUAAGCAAUUGUGAACUUUUUACAAACAUGGAAAAAUGCCGAAUAAAUACAUUUUGCGAAUCA